AAGAAGAAGGAGGAGGAGCCAGAGGAGGAAGUCUGGGGCCCGGUGGGCGCAAGCGGGCCAUGGUGCUGCCGCUGCCGCUGUUCCGGAGCGCGCGCCGGCCGAUACUGGCGUCCGCGGAGGCUGCUCUCUGGGGUUUGAAGUCAAUAAAGGGAAGCUGCUAUAACUUUUGUACAGCUAUUUUUAAAGAUGUCACUUAUAAGGAACUUAAAAACCUCUUGAAUUCCAAAAAAAUUAUGUUAAUUGAUGUUAGAGAGCCAUGGGAAAUUGUCGAGUAUGGGAAAAUUCCCGGGUCCGUCAACAUUCCACUGGGUGAGGUAGGUAAAGCUCUACAGAUGAACCCAAAAGACUUCAAAGAGAAGUACAACGAAGUAAAACCAUCCAAAUCAGACAGUCUGGUGUUUUCUUGUUUAGCCGGAGUGAGAAGCAAGAAGGCUUUGGACACGGCAGUAUCUCUGGGCUUUAACAGUGCUCAACACUAUGCUGGAGGAUGGAAGGAAUGGGCAACCUAUGAAUUUUCAGAGAAGAAACACGGAAAUUGAUUUUUGGAAUACAAGUUGGCACUUUUUGGGCACCUGGGUGGCUCAAUGGGUUAAGCCUUUGCCUUCGGCUCAGGUCAUGAUCUCAGGGUCCCACAUCGGGCUCUCUACUCAGCAAGGAGCCUGCUUUC